UAUUUUUAUUUUUAUUUUUGGCUUCAAUAAUGGAGAGUUGCUCCCUACAGCCACCAGCCAUUACAACAGUACCUUCAUCUCUGUCCAGAAGUGGGUUCAUUGAGAAACCCCUUGGAUAUGGUCGAAUUCUCAAGCUUCCCACUUGUAAAAAAUACCCACAUGGUAGAAAGCUCAAAUUCUUUGAUUUCAGAGCUCAAGCCUCGGAAACAACGAAAAUCAGCUCUGAGACGGCUGGAACAAUCUCAAACAAAGCAGAUUCAAAAGAUGAGGAUCUUGCUUUUGUUGCUGGUGCAACUGGCAGGGUAGGCUCUCGAACAGUCAGGGAGCUUUUGAAACUUGGUUUUCGAGUUAGAGCUGGAGUUAGGAGUGCUCAGAAAGCGGAAACUCUUGUGCAGAGUGUCAAGCAGUUGAAGCUUGAUCCUGAAGGAACUACACCUGUAGAAAAGCUUGAAAUUGUGGAAUGUGACUUGGAGAAACAAGAUACAAUUGCACCAGCCAUAGGCAAUGCAUCAGUAGUCAUAUGCUGCAUUGGUGCCAGUGAGAAGGAAAUUUUUGAUAUUACAGGACCAUAUCGGAUCGACUACCAAGCCACGAAGAAUCUUAUUGAUGCAGCCACCGCUGUGAAGGUUAACCACUUUAUUUUGGUUUCAUCUUUGGGAACAAAUAAAGUCGGAUUUCCUGCAGCUAUUCUCAAUUUGUUUUGGGGGGUCCUCAUCUGGAAGAGAAAGGCAGAAGAAGCACUCAUUGCAAGUGGUCUUCCUUACACUAUAGUCAGACCAGGAGGAAUGGAGCGCCCCACUGAUGCUUUCAAGGAAACUCAUAAUAUCACCCUAUCCACUGAAGACACUUUAUUUGGUGGCCUGGUGUCAAAUCUUCAGGUGGCUGAACUCAUGGCCUGCAUGGCCAAAAACCGAAGCCUUUCAUACUGUAAGGUGGUAGAAGUUGUUGCUGAAACAACUGCUCCAUUGAGACCUAUGGAGAAACUUCUUGCAAAGAUACCAUCUCAGCGUGCUGACAUUUCCUCUCCUAAGGAAUAUGAUACUCCCACUAAGCCUGAUCCAGCACCUGCUAGGAGCAUUGUAACCGAGAAACCAACUACCCCUACUGAGAAGGAGCCUGCACAGGCAAAAGUUCUGGAAACAGAGCCACUGUCUCCCUACACAGUCUAUGACGACUUGAAGCCACCUAGCUCUCCUAGUCCAACACCAGGUGGGCCCAAAGAAGUAAGUUCCAGUGCCUCUGCACCAGCAGAAAAUGUCUCAACUUCCACUGAAGGAAACAGUGUGCCAGCAGCUGUGGCUACUGACAUCAUUGAGAAGGAUUCAUCCAAGCAGUCAACUAGUCGUUCUCCCUAUUAUGCAUAUGCCGAUCUUAAGCCCCCUACAUCACCAUCUCCUAGAGCACCAACAACUGCACCAGCAGACAGUGGGUCCGAAGGUGAUACAUUGUCAGGAAACAGCACAGCUCAAUCUCCGAUAGCUGAUAAACCAGGUGAUGAACAGCCUGAUACCAAACCAACACCAAGACCACUUUCUCCUUUUGCUAUGUAUGCUGAUCUUAAGCCUCCUUCAACGCCAUCUCCUAGAGCACCGACUACUGCACCAGUGGAUAGUGGGUCCGAAGGUGCUACAUUAUCAGGAAAUAGCACAGCUCAAUCUUCUAUAGCAGAUAAACCAAGUGAUGAACAGCAUAAUACCAAACCAACACCAAGACCACUUUCUCCUUUUGCAAUGUAUGAGGACUUGAAGCCUCCAACAUCGCCAAUACCAUCCCCAAAGAAAUCUUAAAGAGAACAAAACUACCAGUCAAGUCCAAGAAGAACCAUGAAAGCAAAUUGGACCUCACCACUCUAGUUAUGUGAAGCAAGCUAGCAAUUUAACCUGCGGCAGUAUUUUAUGGAAAUUUCUUGUUAUAUGAUGCUGAGAGCCUGAGAUUGUGACUAUAUAUGUGUAUGUAUAUGCAUUUGUUCCUUUCCCCUGUCAAUAAUUUUCGAGAUUGUUUGAUACAUUUGAACUGAUGCUUCUGAAACAUAGUAAAGCACAAUAAGCACGAUUUGGUUCGAAUAUAUUUUAUAUAAGGAUGUCUCGAGUUAGAUACUUUCUAACAUCAA